AUGAAUUCGAGUAAACAUAAUUAUGAUCAAUCAACAGAAGUUCUAAAUCAAACUAUAUAUCCACAUGAUCAAUCUCUUGAACAUCAACAUCAUAUAUCUAAAUAUAGAUGUUUUCAUAGGAAUAAACUUGAUGAUAAAUCUCAACAAUUAUCUAACAUUCAAUCAAAUUCAAUUGUUGAUAAUUCUCAUGUUUUAUUACCUGAUCAAUAUAUUCGUGAUUUGACUGAUGUUUAUCGACGUGAAAGAGAUUUUUUAGAACAAAAAAAUAAUUAUACACCACAUAAAGAAAUAUUUAUCAAUACAAAAGAAAAUCCAAAAAAAGAAAAUGAAAAAUAUGAACAAAAAUAUUAUGUUAAAGAACAUUAUUAUACAAUUCCUUGUAUUUGUGAAACUUCAUUACCAGGAAGAAUAGUUCAAAGUAAAAUGUUCAAUCAUUUUUUUUUAAUAAUUAAAACCGAGUCUUUUAAUAAGAUUUUGUCAAUGGGAUAA